GCUGAUUUCCAUAUAACGACUCACCAGUCACCACCACUCUGGAGUCUGGAUCUGGCACUCUUUCACUUCUACUUGCUCCAUUUCUCUCUCCUUCUGACCCAUUCUAAAUUCUCAUCAUCGUUUUCUUCUUAUUUCUCCCUCUUCUGACAACUUUAUUGGCCCUUUACACAGGUAAGGGGAGGAAGUGAAAGGUUGCUGCAAUGGCAAAGAAGUUGGAAAAGAUGGCAUCCAUUGAUGCCCAACUUAGGCAGCUGGUUCCGGCAAAAGUGAGCGAAGAUGACAAACUGAUUGAGUAUGAUGCUCUGCUAUUGGAUCGCUUCCUUGAUAUUCUUCAGGACUUACACGGAGAGGAUCUGAAAGAAACGGUUCAAGAAGUAUACGAGCUUUCUGCUGAAUAUGAAGGGAAACACGACUCUAAGAAACUGGACGAACUUGGAAAUCUGAUAACUAGUUUGGAUGCUGGUGAUUCAAUUGUCGUCGCCAAAUCCUUUUCUCAUAUGCUUAACUUGGCCAACUUAGCAGAAGAGGUCCAGAUUGCUCAUCGGCGAAGGAUCAAGUUGAAAAAGGGAGAUUUUGCUGAUGAGAACAAUGCAACUACUGAAUCAGACAUUGAAGAAACACUCAAGAAGCUUGUAGUGGAAUUAAAAAAGUCUCCUCAGGAAGUUUUUGAAGCACUGAAAAACCAGACCGUUGAUUUGGUUCUUACAGCUCACCCUACUCAAUCUGUUCGUAGAUCUUUGCUUCAGAAGCAUGGAAGGAUACGAAACUGUUUAACUCAAUUAUAUGCCAAAGAUGUAACUCCUGAUGACAAGCAGGAACUUGAUGAGGCUCUACAGAGGGAGAUCCAAGCUGCCUUCCGUACUGAUGAAAUUAGGAGGACUCCUCCAACCCCGCAAGAUGAGAUGAGAGCAGGGAUGAGCUACUUCCAUGAGACAAUUUGGACUGGUGUACCCAAAUUUCUACGUCGGCUGGAUACAGCUUUGAAGAAUAUAGGGAUAAAUGAACGUGUCCCUUAUAAUGCUCCUCUUAUUCAAUUUUCUUCUUGGAUGGGUGGUGAUCGUGAUGGCAAUCCAAGAGUAACUCCUGAAGUGACAAGGGAUGUUUGUUUAUUGGCUAGAAUGAUGGCUGCUAAUUUAUAUUAUUCCCAGAUAGAAGAUCUUAUGUUUGAACUGUCAAUGUGGCGUUGCAAUGAUGAGCUGCGUGUACGUGCAGAUGAACUUAACAGAUCUUCCAGGAAAGAUGCAGUUGCUAAGCACUAUAUAGAGUUUUGGAAAAUCAUUCCCCCAAAUGAACCAUACCGUGUGUUACUGGGCGAAGUAAGGGAUAGGCUUUAUCAGACUCGUGAGCGAUCUCGCCAUUUGCUAGCACACGGGCACUCUGAAAUUCCAGAGGAAGAAACUUUUACCAAUGUUGAGGAGUUCUUGGAACCCCUGGAACUUUGCUAUAGAUCACUCUGUGCUUGUGGUGAUCGGGCAAUUGCCGAUGGAAGCCUUCUAGAUUUCCUUCGGCAAGUCUCUACUUUUGGAUUGUCACUAGUGAGGCUUGAUAUCAGGCAAGAGUCAGACCGUCAUACUGAUGUGUUGGAUGCCAUUACCAAGCAUCUGGAAAUUGGUUCCUACCAGGAAUGGUCAGAAGAGAAACGGCAGCAAUGGCUUUUGUCUGAAUUGAGUGGCAAACGGCCACUGUUUGGGCGCGACCUUCCCAAAACUGAAGAAAUUAAAGAUGUUUUGGACACAUUUCAUGUUAUUGCUGAACUGCCAGCAGAUAACUUUGGAGCAUAUAUCAUAUCAAUGGCAACUGCACCAUCUGAUGUGCUUGCAGUUGAACUUCUGCAACGUGAAUGCCAUGUCAAGCAUCCACUAAGAGUUGUCCCAUUGUUUGAGAAACUUGCAGAUCUGGAGGCAGCUCCUGCUGCUUUGGCUCGGUUGUUCUCCAUAGACUGGUACAGAAACCGAAUCAACGGAAAGCAAGAAGUUAUGAUUGGUUAUUCUGAUUCAGGUAAAGAUGCUGGAAGGUUCUCUGCAGCAUGGCAGCUAUAUAAGGCCCAAGAGGAACUUAUCAAGGUAGCUAAAGAGUAUGGUGUUAAGCUAACAAUGUUCCAUGGUCGCGGUGGAACUGUUGGGAGAGGAGGUGGUCCAACCCACCUUGCUAUCUUAUCCCAACCUCCGGAUACAAUCCAUGGGUCACUUCGUGUAACUGUCCAAGGUGAAGUUAUUGAACAAUCAUUUGGAGAGCAGCACUUAUGUUUCCGAACACUUCAACGUUACACUGCUGCAACUCUAGAACACGGAAUGCAUCCUCCAAUCUCACCCAAACCAGAGUGGCGGGCUUUGAUGGAUCAGAUGGCUGUCAUUGCUACAGAGGAAUACCGCUCUAUUGUAUUCAAAGAACCUCGAUUUGUUGAGUACUUCCGUCUGGCUACACCAGAGUUGGAGUAUGGCCGCAUGAACAUAGGAAGUCGACCAGCAAAGCGAAAGCCAAGUGGAGGCAUUGAGACUCUCCGUGCAAUACCUUGGAUAUUUGCCUGGACACAAACAAGGUUUCAUCUUCCGGUGUGGCUAGGCUUCGGGGAAGCAUUUAGACAUGUUAUUGGGAAGGAUAUUAAGAAUCUUCAUAUGCUGCAAGAAAUGUACAAUCAGUGGCCUUUCUUCAGGGUCACUCUUGAUUUAGUGGAAAUGGUGUUUGCCAAGGGAGACCCUGGCAUAGCUGCCCUGUAUGAUAAGCUCCUUGUUUCACAAGAUCUAUGGUCGUUUGGGGAGCAGUUGAGGACCAAGUUUGACGAAACCAAGAAACUCCUGCUUCAGGUGUGUGGACACAGAGAUCUUCUUGAAGGGGAUCCAUACUUAAAACAAAGGCUCCGCUUGCGUGAUUCUUACAUUACCACCCUGAACGUUUGCCAAGCUUACACAUUGAAACGUAUCCGUGAUCCGAACUACAAUGUGAAUUUGCGACCGCACAUCUCAAAAGAGUAUAUAGAGAUAAGUAAACCUGCUGAUGAACUUAUAACACUGAACCCAACAAGUGAAUAUGCUCCUGGUUUGGAAGACACCCUCAUCCUCACCAUGAAGGGUAUUGCUGCUGGCAUGCAGAACACUGGUUAAUGGAGUUUCUGUCUGCCUUUGUAUUUGCAUAUUUCUUAUAUUGUUUUUCCAGAAAUCAUAAUUUAGUUGCCCGAACCAAAGUUUGGUGUGUGUUAUUUCCUUUUUCCCUGCCUUGUAUCCAUCAUUCCAUCGAUAAGUUAUGAAAUAUGUAUGUUCCUUCCUUUGACGUACAAUAUAAUUUGGCUGCGGUAGAAUUCCAACGAUAGCCGUCAAUAAAAUUGACUUACUCCAUGAACGCAA